UGUGUGUUGUACAGCAGAUGUGUGUGUGUGUGUGUUGUGCAGCAGAUGUGUGAGUUGUACAGUUUGGGCAGGUGAGCUUUACACGGUUUAACCGGUUGAGUGACAGGCGAGUGAGCAGAACCUAUAGGUUUCCAUGUGGCGGUGGGAUCUGCCGUACAGAGAGGCGGUGCGUGACGUAAUAAUCCGCAAGUGCCGGUAUAAAAGUGCUGCCGCCUCGCUGAGACUCGCUCACUCUGGAGCUGCUGCGCGUCGCAGACCUGUGCGCUCGGAACAAGAAUCUCCAGGACUUAAUCCCGGGACUCCCCAUUGUCUCCCCAUUGUGUCCCCGCCAUGCCGCCCAGCACCCUGACCCCCCAGCUCUAGCAGCCAAUAAGAAUCAGCCUUAUGUUCCUCGCUCCUCGGCUGUUCCGCGCAGGAGUGUGGCCAGUGCCGGGAGCUGAUGGGCUGCUAUUGGCUUCUGCUCUGUUGGGGCUGGAGAUCAUGUCUGGAGCCGGGACUGGCCCUGCCCAAAAACUUAGUGUCCCAUGGAGGAGAAGAGCAAGUGAAUGGGGGUGUCAGUUGCCCCCUGCAGCCCCCGGUGCUAUGGCUUAGGGCCCCCCAGGAUUAAGCAGCUGCUGGUGAUGUUCAGUAGGAUCAUGGAAUGGAACAUCACAGUGUCUGCUAAUGGGAGCGCAGGGGCAGAUACCUGGGGCAGCCACCGCUUCUCUGUCUUCAGUGUUCUCAUUUUAACUCUGCUGGCCAUGCUGGUGAUUGCCACCUUCCUAUGGAACGUGCUGGUGCUGGUCACCAUCUUGAGGGUGAGAACUUUCCACAGGGUGCCCCACAAUCUGGUGGCCUCCAUGGCCAUAUCCGAUGUGAUGGUGGCCGCCCUGGUGAUGCCCUUGAGCCUGGUGCAUGAGCUGAACGACAGGCGCUGGAGACUGGGCAGAGUACUUUGCCACAUCUGGAUCUCCUUCGAUGUCCUCUGUUGCACGGCCAGCAUCUGGAACGUGACCGCCAUCGCCCUGGACAGGUAUUGGUCCAUCACCAGACACCUGGAAUACACCCUAAAGACCAGGAAGAGGAUCUCCAACAUCAUGAUCCUCCUCACUUGGCUCCUUUCUGCCGUCAUCUCACUGUCCCCUCUUUUUGGGUGGGGAGAGACCUACUCCGAGGUGAAUGAAGAGUGUCAAGUGAGCCAGGAACCUUCCUACACCAUCUUCUCUACUUUUGGGGCAUUUUAUCUCCCGCUUUGCGUGGUUUUAUUUGUCUACUGGAAAAUCUACAAAGCAGCUAAAUUUCGGAUAGGGUCGAAGAAGACAAACACAAUAACACCAAUGCCCGAGGUGAUUGAGGUGAAGGAAGCCUCCCACCAGCCUCAGAUGGUCUUCACCGUCCGACAUGCUACCGUCACUUUCCAGACAGACGGGGACACUUGGAGGGAGCAGAAAGAGAAAAAGGCAGCCUUGAUGGUUGGGAUCCUCAUUGGGGUCUUUGUUCUCUGCUGGAUCCCCUUCUUUAUAACUGAACUAAUCAACCCUCUGUUUUCAUGUGACAUUCCCCCGAUCUGGAAAAGUAUAUUCUUAUGGCUGGGGUACUCGAACUCCUUCUUCAACCCUUUGAUCUACACAGCCUUUAAUAAGAAUUACAACAACGCUUUCAGAAACUUGUUCUCCAGGCAGCGGUGAUCUGUCAAUUGCCGCUCAAGUUAAGACAUGCUUGGUAUCUCAUCAGGUCUUCAUGGUCUUCAUCUCACAGACUUCUAAGCCAUGGGAAAUGUACAUAUCUGGGUCCACUGGAUGUAAAAUCAUUGAAUGCCAGCGAUGAGAGUUGGUUCCUCUUGUCCAAGGAGUCAUAUAGUCCAAGGUCAUCUAGUUCAAGGUUAUUCUAGGAGAUAACUCAGUCGGAUAUGCCUAAUUAUCAGGCCAUCACAAUCCCAUACGUGUCUUCUGCUUACAAAUACACUCUUCCAGAUGUCUGUAGAACUUUAUCAGAUGCUUCCUAACCUUGUGAGCAUCAACGAUGGAAUAUUAUUUUCUGCUAUGGCUUAGAAAUAUGGCACAGGAUCACCUCGGAUGUACUUUCAAAGAGGUUCUGAAGCGGCUAUUGACUCUACAAUGUGUACGAAUAAAUGUUUUGGCUUGAAGGCGUUGCUCUUGGGACUUGAUUUAUUGAUGAAUAAAUAGACAGAGAAGUGUGGAGAUGUGGCUUAUUGUGUGGAGAUCAUUUAUUUCCUGCUUACUUACAAAUAAGGAGUUUAAACCUGUCCUGAUGAAUUGUCUAUGGACAGGAAAGUAGCAGCACCCUGCCUUUUUACUGGAUCUGCUGUAGUUGUAGCUGUGCACAUAGCUCAUCCGAGGCAGUAUGGCAGCUCCCAGCCCUACAUAAAUAUGCAAAAGAGGAAUGUUUUGUGCACAUUCAUUGUUACAUUUUGCUGCCUAUUUAAAUGAAAUGAUAAAAAGAUAAGAGUCUCUCUUUAAUCAUAGUAUUCAUCUAAAAAGUCAGCGUUUAAUGUAUAAAGUAAAAGAAGCCUGUCACAGGGUAAUGAUAAAGGAGCUGCUCAGAGAUACGAGCCGGUGACUUACACCUGGUGAUGACAUUUCUAGCAAAUAUAAAGAUCAUUAUGUGUUUCAUUCUGAAUGAUUUGCAGCUCAGCCGGUGUCUUCUAGGUCCCUCCCCGGAGACCCUGCACCUUCUCGGAUUCCUUAGGUCUUUUUGUUCAUAGUGGAUUAUCUGAUCAUUUGUACCAGGGGCAGCCCUCUGAUUGGCAUAAAUACAGGGCAUUUUGACUCGUCCUAUCAGCAAUGUCUAAUCACCGUGGUGGCAGGUUCAUUUGAGAGAUUCAUCAUUCCCCUCUCUUUAACAGAACGGAGAGGUUAUUGCUAGGCAAGCGUCUGACACACAUCUAACUGCACUGAAAAGGGCAUCUCGUUGAGUUCACAAUCUGCCAUUGGAUCUCCAGGGAAACUGAAAAAGAAGGGCCAGUAAUAUCCAAUUAAGCAGUAAUACGUUUAACCCAUGAAAGGUUCUGUACAUAAAAUGUGAGCAUAACAACAAGGAAUAUAGACAAGGAAUGCAGAGCUCCAGUCUUGCUAAAGUUUAUAUGCCAGUGGAGCAUCAUCACAAAUCUGUUUAAUCUGAUUAUAUAUUUAAAGGUACCCAGUACAUACUCAUACAGUUAUAAGGAUAUUAGAAGCCACUGAGGGGUAUUGUUACCAUAUAAAGGCUGCAGGCUGAGUUAUACAGGGAACUC